AUGCCAUCAAGCUCAAACAACAACAGCACCCCCAGCUCUGGUAACAGUAGCAGCACCAGCAACGCUUCCGCCCACCACCAUACAACUGCUAAUAGCUCCGCCGUCCUCCAAGGCACGUCCAGCAGUUCCUCGGCCGCAGCAGCAGCUACUAUCUCCUCUAGUAGUGCUGCGGCAGCCGUCUCUGCUGUUCACGGUCGUGACCUCUUCCUCAGCAGAGCCAUCAACCAGUCCUAUCAUAUCAUCGCAAAGAUCGGUGAGGGUAUAUCAGGAUCUGUUUAUAAAGCCAUCAAACGUGAUACAAAUGAGAUGGUUGCCUUGAAAAAUUUCAAAAAUGGAAGUGAAUCUGAACGUGCCUCCAAAGAAGAAUGCCACCUUUUGAUGCAACUCAAACACAUUCCACACAUUACUCCAGUUCUUGAUGUAGUCAUUUCUACCAACGAGUACAAUAUUGUUUUCCCAUACUUUGAACAUGAUUUGUCUGGUUUACUAUCUGAACAUCGGUUUUCCAUACCUCAAGUCAAAUGUUAUUUUAAACAAUUGCUCCAAGGAAUACAAGAAAUUCAUAUGAAUGGAGUAAUGCAUCGUGAUAUUAAAGCUGCCAAUAUUUUAAUUAAUAAUAAGGGACAUUUAUUUAUUGGUGAUCUUGGUACUGCCACCUCUUAUACCAAGAGAUCGGUAUUUUCAAACAAGGUAGUGACUCUAUGGUACAGAGCCCCAGAGUUAUUGCUGGGUGCUACCACCUACGGUCCAGAAAUUGAUAUGUGGUCCAUUGGAUCAGCUGAUGUAAUCAAUUCAAAAUGGUUCAAAGCAUCAAUUGCAGCUACAAAAGGCAGCACUUUCAAAGGUUUCAGGAUGGAGGUCAUGUCAUUAACCUCAACUCUUUCUCUCUCUCUUAUCUACAGAUGUGUAUUAAUUGAAUUGGUAACUUCACGUAACUUUUUUGCCAGGAAACAAUGA